GGCGGUAUGUGGUCCGCACUCCCUUUAUGCUCUCGGUCUUCCCUCCGGGCGCCCGGGUGUUCACCGAGCUGCGGUUUUCCACGCCCGAGUUCCAAGAACUUGCCACGGCCGCGAUUCUGAACGAGCUGGACCAGGUGAAGGCCAAUCUGCGAGCGAUUCAGGUGCACGAUGUGCAGGUCGACCUGAACGCCACAAGCGAGGUGUACCGUAGCUUCGAGCCACCGCAUGCGAUCGUGUUGGUCUUGACGGUUCCAGAAAUACGCGAAACCGCGGGCAGUCUGCAAGUGUUCAACCAGGUAUGGAUGGUGGUGUUGUUCUUUUUACGUCACUUCUUGCUUGUUUUCAAGAAUGUACCGCACUGAAGCAGUACAACCUUCGGAGGUAAGCAAAGCCAAAGGCAAAGUUCUACUGUCAAGUUAAAAGGAAACACAUCAUGCACAGGUCGGUUACGAGAACGCCAAGAAGCGCGCCAUCGAUAUUUUCACACAAGACCCGAGGAGGCGCAUCCUUGCCGACGUCACCGUUGAGCGGACCAUGGAGGUGAUGCGCAAGGGCAAACUGUACGUGACCAGCAUUUGCCGCAUUCGCGUGACCGCCGGGAAAGCGGCCGCGACGUACCUCUCCCGCAUGUUCCGAGCGGAUUCGGAGAAGAUCCGCCUGUUUCAAGUGCUGAACGGGGAGAUGCAGGGACUCGCGAGAGUCUCGGGCGACGCGGACGACGUGUCUGUGUGGACGUACGUUGUUCCGGACCAAGCGACUACCAUCGACUGGUCCUACUCGUCAAAAAUCACGACCGGCGCCUUGCCGAAGUACGUUCUGCAAGCACCCACGUACCUGCGGG